GCAAUAGCGAAUGACCACGGGCCUAUAAGUAGCAGACAUGCAGGUCACAACGGUUCGAGUGAGAGCUUUUUGAUCCGCUCUAGCAGAUUCGCAGACACCGUAGAAGUUUCGUAUUACGAUAAGGCCUCACGAGAACGAGGAUGCGAAAGAUUGAAGUACAAAGGCACAGAUCCGAACUGAGGCCUGGAAGGGAUCCCCUAUUGUAUGUGCAGACUUCCCCCACGCAUUGGCGCACCUCGCACGCGUCAAAUUAUUGACUUGGUGACCCACGCGUUUCUUGUUACCAAUCUUCCCUCUACCUACACAAUCAUUACUAUCCCAGCCGGAUAUGCCUCGCGAGAUCAUCACAAUCCAGGCAGGUCAGUGCGGAAACGCUAUAGGUUCUAAGUUCUGGCAGCAAUUAUGUCAAGAGCAUGGGAUUAGUCGCGAUGGAACGUUGGAAGAUUUCGCGACCGAGGGCGGUGACCGCAAAGACGUCUUCUUCUAUCAGAGCGACGAUACACGCUACAUCCCUCGAGCAAUCCUGGUCGAUCUUGAACCACGAGUCAUAAACAGCAUCCAAACCGGCCCCUACAAGAACAUUUACAACCCCGAAAACUUCUUUGUUGGUGAAGAUGGAAUGGGCGCCGGGAACAAUUGGGCGGCCGGUUAUGCUGCUGGUGAAAGAGUACAAGAGGAAAUCUUUGACAUGAUUGAUCGUGAAGCGGAUGGGAGCGAUUCGCUGGAAGGCUUCAUGCUGCUGCACUCCAUUGCUGGCGGUACUGGCUCGGGCCUGGGCUCUUAUCUACUCGAGCGCAUGAACGACCGAUUCCCAAAGAAGAUCAUCCAGACAUACUCGGUAUUCCCGGAUACAGCCAUUGGCGAUGUCGUUGUCAAUCCAUACAACAGUCUGCUCACCAUGCGCCGGUUGACGCAAAACGCGGAUUCGGUGGUGGUGCUUGACAAUGGCGCUCUGUCCAGGAUAGCAUCCGAAAGACUACACGUUCAAGAACCCUCAUUCCAGCAAACUAAUCAGUUGGUCUCGACGGUCAUGUCAGCUUCUACCACAACGCUCAGAUACCCAGGCUACAUGCACAACGACCUUGUGGGUAUCAUUGCUUCGCUCAUUCCGACCCCUCGCUGUCACUUUCUGAUGACAGCUUACACCCCGUUUACCGGCGACAAUGUGGAUGCCGCAAAGACGGUACGAAAGACGACAGUAUUGGAGGUAAUGCGCCGUCUGCUGCAGCCCAAGAACCGAAUGGUAUCCAUAACGCCGCCCAAGUCGUCCUGCUACAUUUCCAUCCUGAACAUCAUUCAAGGCGAAGCCGAUCCAACCGAUGUCCACAAAUCGCUUCUGCGUAUUCGCGAGCGCCGAAUGGCCAACUUCAUUCCCUGGGGUCCAGCGUCGAUACAGGUCGCCUUGACAAAGAAGUCUCCAUAUCUACAGAACACGCACCGGGUGUCUGGUCUGAUGCUCGCCAAUCACACCAGCGUAGCGACACUCUUCAAGCGAAUCGUGGUGCAAUACGAGAAGAUGAGAAAACGGAAUGCAUACUUGGAGCAGUACAAGAAAGAAGCGCCUUUCGCUGAGGGUCUGGGCGAAUUUGACGAGGCUAAGGAGGUGGUUAUGGACCUGAUUGGCGAAUAUGAAGCCGCAGAGAAGGACAAUUAUCUCGACCCUGACGCUGGACAAACCUAGAGUGACGGACCCUGAGACGGGCCAGACUCAGGCUUGACAACAUAUGAUUCACGAAACAUGUUUGCACCUUACGACGGCAAUGAUGAUAUGCACGGAAUAUGAUAUCCACGCCGAUCGACGAUGACCAAGUUCGAUCAUGACGAGCAGGACAGCUGCGGGCACGGACGAGUAUACUGGCACUUAAUAAUGUCGAUCUCUACUGACAGCACGGGC